GCUUUAUCCUUUCUCUUUCUCUUUCCUUGUGACCAUCCUCUGCAACCUGCAACUCUCUCUCUCUCUCUCUCUCUUCGAAUUUGGUUAGAAGGAGAAGGAGAACAAGGAACCUCUGGAAGGAUUUUGUUUCAGAAAGGGCUAGACAAGAUGAUGCAUAUGACUUUCUAUUGGGGUAGGAAGGUGACCCUGCUAAUCGACUCGUGGAAGACCGAUUCAUGGACAGGUUACGCUCUGACCUUACUCGCUUGCUUCCUCUUCUCCCUAUUCUAUCAAUACAUGGAGGAUCGUCGUGUUCGAUUCAAAGUCCUCGCUACGAGUAAGAAGCCCUCCAGUAUCCCAUCGAUCGAUACCCCUCUGCUUCAUCCAAGGCUCGCCGGAAGUCGCUGGAGUAAUCCCGCCAGGUAUGCCGCUGCUACCUUGUUCUUUGUUAAUUCGUCCAUCGGGUACCUGUUGAUGCUCGCAGUCAUGUCCUUCAAUGGAGGUGUCUUUUUGGCUAUCGUUUUGGGGCUUUCUUUUGGGUAUUUGCUGUUCAGGAUCGUUGAAGAAGAAAUCUUGGCUGUGGAGAAUCCCUGCGCUUGUGCUUGAGAUUUGAAAUUUGAGAUUUGAGAUCUCUCUUGGAUCGUUACUUAUAUAUAUAUAUAAAGGAAUUUCCUUUGUUUGGUUUUCAACUUAUGAUUAUCAAUUCCAUACUUGGUUGUUGUUCAAACUCUUGAUUUUUCCUGUAAAUAAUCAUAAGAGAUCCUUUGGUAAAGGAAAAAAAAAAAAAAAGGGAGAAUUUUCUCCUCCAAUUUGUUGAAGUUUGAACUAA